UCUCUGUAGCGUUCGUGUUGUGCACUUUCCCGCAGUACGGAGAGGAGCGCUUCUUGAGCACCAACCCCGUCCUGGUGUUUGUGGUGCUGAUCCUUUACGUCACCAACAACACGACAUUCGCCCUGGCCAUGUCUUGCUUCAUACAAAAAGGUAAGAUGAUCUAAAAGACCACAGUUUAAAUCCUGAAAGUUGCGGCAGUGGCUGAACUUAGCAUGAUGGCUUGACCAAAAGCCCAGUCAUUCAGUCAGUCAAUAUGCCACAUGCAAACAAAAACAAAAAUGAAACAUAAAGGACUAGCGAGAACCCGGCAUGCGUUGCAAUGCCACUCAAAGAAAAAUGUGUUUGUGUUUUAAUUAGGUUUUUUGAAAGUAAUUUUUUAAAUAGAAAAUAUGUUUCGAUUCCAUCUGGUCGUACACAAAUAAAUGAGAAGGUGUUUCCAGGCUUGAACAGGCCACAUACAGCUGUCCCCGAGAGCAGGCCACAUAAAGCUGUCCACGUGAGCAGGCCUCAUACAGCUGUCCACGUGAGCAGGCCUCAUACAGCUGUCCACGUGAGUAGGCAAUAUACAGCUGUCCACGUGAGCAGACCACUUAAAGCUGUCCACGCGAGAAGGCCUCAUACAGCUGUCCACGUGAGCAGGCCAUAUACAGCUGUCCACAUGAGCAGGCCACAUACAGCUAUCCACGUGAGCAAGCCACAUACAGCUGUCCACGUGAGAAGCAUAUAUUUUCAGAAAUUUAGUCCUCACACUUGUAGUCAUUGAUUCACCCAUGCAGUAUCUCUUUUUAAAAUAAUAUUAUAUAGCUAGUAUAAAAAAAUAAUAUUAAAAAUUAAGGCCCUCGACUCUAAACGCAAAAUUGUUAAAUGGUUGUACUAAUUCAGAAACAUACUUAGUAUAUCCCACACAAACUGAAAUGUCGUUGUAUUUGAUUAAAUUCCAUCCACCCAUGCAAUAGCUCUGUUUCAAAUUAUAUUUCUAUUUUUCAAAUAAGAAAAUACAUUUUUAGGGUCCCCGGCCUCUAAGGGAAUAUUUUAAAAUGGAUAACCUACUUCAGAAACAUUUGCGGCCGUGGUCACAACAACGUACCAAUGUUUUAUCGCAAUCGGAUGAAAGGUAUAGGAACGCAUACGGAAAUUAUAUUUAGCUCAUAAAAGGGAGAAGAAAGAAUUUAGGGCCUCUGGCCAAAAACAGAAUAUUGUAAAAUGUGUGCAAUAAUUCAGAAACAUUUGCGGGCGAGUUUACAUCAACUCAAAAAAGUUUUAUCGCUAUCGGUUGAAUGGUUUGGGAGCGGAUACGGGACAAAGCAUCGUCAGCGAAAAGAAGUUCACGAAUCGGCACCUUUUUUACUUUGUCUUUGCACGAAGGCGGGCGAUAUUGAACAGCCUACCAUCAGACAUGGUAUGGACGAACACAUAAUCUUCACAGUCUCUGAAGGCAAAUUGUAGGAACAUCGAAAAGAAAAUGGAAAAGAGCGUUUGUGCCAGUACACAACCCUGUUUUAAUCCGCUGCUAACUGGGAAUGACUCAGAGACAGUGCCAAUGAAAGUUACUGUGCUGUGCAUGUUUUUGUGAAAUGACUGUAUUUUUGCCUCAUUACCUCCUCUCUCAGUUCAACCGAGCCAUUUUUCUUUAACCGCUUCCGCUUGUACUGGCGAUCUCUCCUGUAGAUGAGCCUACGGAUUUCAGCCGAAAUCCAUGGCUGAUUCAUCUUAGGUUUGGUGGUCUUGUGUGGUAUGAAUUUAUUCACAGCAUCAAUGAUUGGUGUCUUAAACGUCAUCCAGAGCUCUUCUGUCGUCACCGUAGACUGAAUCUCCUGCAUGUCUGAGCUGAGCUCUGUCGUUGCACUUCUCAGGCUAUCCCAGUCUGCCUUUUCAUAAAUUUGAAUUUCUCGCAUGAUAAGUUUUAUUUUUAGUGUGUGACCUGAAAUUCACAGAAUGGUGUGCAGUGGUCUGAUAUCCCGGGGAUGACAUUAACUUUUGGGAUGCGAUGUGGACAGAUUGUGCGGAGUAGGUCAAGAGUGUCCCCCACCCCUUCAUGAAUUCUUUAAUUAACUGUUCCUGACCAUGGUUGUUAAUCAUCUCCAUAAAUUGUGAGUGGAGGACAGGAUUUUCAGCAUGUUGGUUGUUGGCGCUUUGGCAUUGACCACGAAACCAUUGCCCAGAUGGUUCGCGGAAAUUCAUCUGUCCUCCAACCGUACAGCAAGCUUACAUGCUCCGUAAAUACAUGAUGACUGGGAUUUGGAACAUGAGGGGAUAUGCAAGGGAGAACAGCCAUCACUCGUAGCGACAUUCGGUCCAGUGUUGGGUUGAGGAGAGUACGAGUUUUCUAGAAGGAUACAUGCCAGAGACAAUUGUAUCAGUCUUUGAAGGAUAAGGGGCCUCUGAGUAGAGCAAGAUGGAGAUGCUCCAUGUAAAAUGUCUACAAACACACAGUGAGCAGUAAUUGCUGUACCGAAAUCUGUCUUCUUACUAAAUUCUAAAUUGUCAUAUAAAGCACCUAUUUCUGGGCUAUGGGCAUCACAGGUUAACGAUUUAUUUACCAGAGCAGUUACCACAAUGGUAUAUAAUGUAAUAUUGUAUUUGAACAUACCAUAAGCACCCCAGUGUGUAUCAGUCUGAGAGCACAAGCAGGAAUAGAGAUUUUGCUACGCUUCAUGUAAGGAAAUAAUUGGGAAAAAAACAUGGCGCGUGACAUUUGGCUCACCCCUUGACCAGCAAUGGCGACAUUUGGCUCACCCCUUGACCAGCAAUGGUGACAUUUGGCUCAUCCCUUGACCAGCAAUGGCAACAUUUGGCUCAUCCCUUGACCAGCAAUGGCGACAUUUGGCUCACCCCUUGACCAGCAAUGGCGACAUUUGGCUCACCCCUUGACCAGCAAUGGCGACAUUUGGCUCACCCCUUGACCAGCAAUGGCGACAUUUGGCUCACCCCUUGACCAGCAAUGGUGACAUUUGGCUCAUCCCUUGACCAGCAGUGGUGAAAUUUUAGUUUAUAAAUCACAGUUUGUUGAGGAACUAGUCAAAGAAAUAUUCCUCAUCACAAAACCAUGUAAAAGAAUCUCAUCUAACCGGACGAACACAUAUACGCACAUCUACACAAAUGACGUGCACAUUGCCAUUGUUGUCCUCAAAAUCAACAUUCUAACAAUGUAUUUCCGCAUAUACAUAGCAGUAACAAUUUGUUUGUAAAAUCAUUCUUAAAAUAAAGUCGAAGCCAAGUUUUCGUCUAGAUUAAGACCCACUAUGCUGGCUUACAUUAACUUCGAAGUACCGACCAGAUGUUGAGAGAUUGGCCCAAUGGAAUACCAGGAUGUUUUAAUAAUCUCUGACUGAAAUUUUGUCCGACUGUACACCUGGAUAUUCAUUUAACAGAUUCUCGCCAUUAAUUGACAAAUCUUAUGGGAUAAAAGAACUGAAAGAAGCAUCACGCUUAUUAAAUCUCACUUAAAAUAUAAAGGCCAUAUCUGAAGUUUAUGUAAAAUAAAAAUUACACAUACGUAAUGUAUCUCUGCCCCCCCCCCCCCACUUUUCCCUCGGAAAAAAAAUGACUAAGCAAUUUGCUUUAGUGUUAUGCUUUUCUCUGCAGCUCGCAACGCGAUAUUGGUGGCAGCGACACUUUUUNUAAAAUAUAAAGGCAAUAUCUGAAGUUAAGGUAAAAAAAAAAUUACCAAUACGUAAUGUAUCCCUGCCCCCCCCCCCCACUUUUCCCUCGGAAAAAAAAUGACUAAGCAAUUUGCUUUAGUGUUAUGCUUUUCUCUGCAGCUCGCAACGCGAUAAUGGUGGCAGCGACACUUUUUAUAGUUAUGCUUUUCUCUGCAGCUCGCAACGCGAUAGUGGUGGCAGCGACACUUUUUAUAGCUACUUGGUUCGGGUCACGCCUUAUUCUGAAGUACUGUCUGACAAGAUCCAUCACCCUGGUCAUGGGCACCUUCGUACCCCAAGCUGGAAUCAACGUCUUCAUCUAUGACUUCUUUAGCCUGGAGCUCCGCAGUGAGUGA